AUGUUCGCUCCCAGCCAGCAGUCCAUGUCAGCAGCGGAGCAGCAGGAGACGAAGACCUGGUUGACCUCCGUGGCCUUCACCAGUGCCACCAUCGAGGCUUUCGAGAAGCACGCCCUCGGCAAGAACCAGCUGGCCUACUUGGAAGACACGCACUUGAAACAGAUGAACAUCUGCAUCGGCGACCAGCUGCGCAUCAAGAAGGCUGCCCAGGAGCUGAAGAAGGAAGAGGCCAGGCAACAGGCCAUGCAGGAAGCAGAGAGGGCCAACAAGAUUGUGGCCACCUUCGCAGACAAGUUUUCUUGUUGUGGUUUGCCAUGCACGCCGUUCCAGCACCAUCGCACCACGUGGCAGAUGUCCGAGGCGGGCAUCGUCGAACACAAGGGUCUUGGACUGGGCAAAGGCGUCAAGCAGAACAACAUCGACUUUGCGCAGGUGGCCGACGUGGAUCGUCAGUCAUCGGGCUGCGGUGGCUGCUUGGGCACCGUGACGCUCACAACCACCACCUCGGAGACCUACGUGCUGAAGACGGAUCAAAGCAAGGUGGUUUUCGACGAUGUCAAGAAGCACUGGCAGGCGGCCAAAGCAGCUGGAACCGCCUGA